AUCUCCUCGUAACUUUUUCGUUUUCUGUUUUGUCCUAGUGGAAAACCUAGCUUGAUUCCCGCUCAUAAGCCUUACAUUUCAUUGUUUUGACAGCUGUGGGAAAGAGAGGAGAGGGUGCUGCGACAGAUAGGAUGGAACCUGUUGAGAUUCCCCAAGGGGUUGAUGCCAGGCCCGAGUGUUCUUUGACACCAACUGACUCUGUGUCCAAGGUGCUCAGUGAUGAUGACCUCCUAAUUGAGAUCCUCCUCCGCCUCACUCCGAAGCCAUCCUCCCUCCGCAACACCUCCCUCAUCUACAAGCGAUGGCGCCGCAUCCUCUUCGACCCCCAAUUCCUCGGGCGCUUCCGCAAACACCAUUGGAAGCUCCUCGGCUUCUUCUACCAACAAUUUAAUGAAGCCCCCAUCUUCACUCCAAUUUCGGACCAGUUGGACCUCAUUGCAGCAGCGUUGCCGGAGAACCUGUCUGAUCCUUAUUCUCUAGGUGGCGUCUUCCUUGGCUGCCGCAAUGGCAUCACCCUCGUCCUCGACUGCGCGCGCCAUAAGGCCAUCAUUUGGGAACCCACCACCGGGGGCAAAAACCACGUGGCUUUUCCACCAGCAGUCAGUCAUGGCUUUGAAACCUCUGUUGUGAGCGCAGCGGUGAUGUGCUCUGCCCGCGACGUUCAUCAGCACUUGCACAACGAGAACUGCUUGAGCACAUUCGAACUGGUACUGGUGUGCCAGGAAGAUUUCGCUAACCAAACAAAGGUAUCUGUUUGCCUCUACGACUCCAAGUCUAAUACAUGGGGAGAUAUUAUAUCCAUGACGGAUACAUGCAAGAUUGCUAAUGCGGCAAGGCCCAGCGUCAUGGUUGGGAAUGCACUUUACUGGUUGCUCUCUGGAGCCAACAUCCUUGAGUUUGAUUUUGAAAGGCAAACCCUUGUUGUGAUUGAGAAGCCGACAACAUAUGCCCAUGUUACUGGUUCUAGCGUCGACAUGUCCUUUCAGAUCUUACGAGGAGAGGAUAAUUGCCUUGGCCUUGCGGUUCUUUCAAAGUUAAAACUGAGCAUUGAGUUAUGGGGGAGGAAGUCAAACGGUGAUGGUAUUGUCUCAUGGGUGCUGCAGAAAUGUGUUCAACUGGACGAGCUCUUUUCAAAACCCGCGCGCAGGAAAAAUGUCAUCCUGUUGGCGGGGUAUGAUGAGGACACAAAUGCGAUAUUUCUAUCUUCGGAUUCUCAUGAUUUCAUCCUCCAGCUCGAGUCGGCGCAGUUCAGAUAUAUUGGAAGGCGAGAAUGCACACACUUCAGAAUGUAUUAUCCAUAUACAAAUUUCUACAUUGCAGAGAGGCCACCUCAGUCUUGGAUCAAAGAAGAGUGAGCUGCAUUUCUCUCGUGGCAACUGGGUCCGUCGACAUAAAAUCUGUCUUAGAGAAGCAAGUGUAGUGGUAUCCACAAGCUGUGUUUUCAGUCGGUUGUUUAUUGCGUACUGAAUUAGGAUGUUCUAUUUAACUGGAUCAGGUGCUCCUAUAUUUGCUAGGAAAUCCUAACUGUUUCCAAGAAUCUUUGUACCGUUAUGUUUGGAAAUACCUGCUACCAACCUGUAUUGCAUGCCAACACAGUCCAGUAUGUGCCUAUUUGUUAUGUUGUUUGUACCUGCAAACUGUGUUCUAAUUAGCAGUGUGUACUCUAGCAAGUUUAAUUUUGAGGACCUAUCAGGUGGUGAGAUAAGAGCUUUGAAUUUCUGCUACUGCUAUUGAGUCUUGAAUUUGGAUCAGGCAGGUUCUGAGUAUCCUAGCACUGUAUAGAUUGUAAUCGUCAUUGCAUAACUAACAAGUACUUGAGGCAGAUUUUUUUUACUCAUUUAGUUAUUUAUCUUUCUUCUGAUGUA